AUGCCUUUAGAAUCUCGAUGCAAAAGGGAAGAUGCAGAAGAUGAAGAAGAAGAAGAAGAAGAAGAAGAAGAAGAAGAAGAAGAAGAAGAAGAAGAAGAAGAAGAAGAAGAAGAAGAAGAAGAAGAAGAAGAAGAAGAAGAAGAAGAAGAAGAAGAAGAAGAAGAAGAAGAAGAAGAAGAAGAAGAAGAAGAAGAAGAAGAAGAAGAAGAAGAAGAAGAAGAAGAAGAAGAAGAAGAAGAAGAAGAAGAAGAAGAAGAAGAAGAAGAAGAAGAAGAAGAAGAAGAAGAAGAAGAAGAAGAAGAAGAAGAAGAAGAAGAAGAAGAAGAAGAAGAAGAAGAAGAAGAAGAAGAAGAAGAAGAAGAAGAAGAAGAAGAAGAAGAAGAAGAAGAAGAAAGAAGAAGAAGAAAGAAGAAGAAGAAGAAGAAGAAGAAGAAGAAGAAAGAAGAAGAGAAGAAGAAGAAGAAGAAGAAGAAGAAGAAGAAGAAGAAGAAGAAGAAGAGAAGAAGAAGAAGAAGAAGAAGAAGAAGAAAGAAGAAGAAGAAGAAGAAGAAGAAGAAGAAGAAGAAGAAGAAGAAGAAGAAGAAGAAGAAGAAGAAGAAGAAGAAGAAGAAGAAGAAGAAGAAGAAGAAGAAGAAGAAGAAGAAGAAGAAGAAGAAGAAGAAGAAGAAGAAGAAGAAGAAGAAGAAGAAGAAGAAGAAGAAGAAGAAGAAGAAGAAGAAGAAGAAGAAGAAGAAGAAGAAGAAGAAGAAGAAGAAGAAGAAGAAGAAGAAGAAGAAGAAGAAGAAGAAGAAGAAGAAGAAGAAGAAGAAGAAGAAGAAGAAGAAGAAGAAGAAGAAGAAGAAGAAGAAGAAGAAGAAAGAAGAAGAAGAAAGAAAGAAAAGAAAGAAGAAGAAGAAGAAGAAGAAGAAGAAGAAGAAGAAGAAGAAGAAGAAGAAGAAGAAGAAGAAGAAGAAAGAAGAAGAAGAAGAAGAAGAAGAAGAAGAAGAAGAAGAAGAAGAAGAAGAAGAAGAAGAAGAAGAAGAAGAAGAAGAAGAAGAAGAAGAAGAAGAAGAAGAAGAAGAAGAAGAAGAAGAAGAAGAGAAGAAGAAGAAGAAGAAGAAGAAGAAGAAGAAGAAGAAGAAGAAGAAGAAGAAGAAGAAGAAGAAGAAGAAGAAGAAGAAGAAGAAGAAGAAGAAGAAGAAGAAGAAGAAGAAGAAGAAGAAGAAGAAGAAGAAGAAGAAGAAGAAGAAGAAGAAGAAGAAGAAGAAGAAGAAGAAGAAGAAGAAGAAGAAGAAGAAGAAGAAGAAGAAGAAGAAGAAGAAGAAGAAGAGCAGGAGAGAGCGUGGAAAGAAGGAGCACACGUUUCAUGGCAGCCUUGUGCUCAGUGACAGCAGUGCUAUCACCGUGCGGUUGAGACGCGCUGGCAGUGCCUCCUUGCUGACGGGGGCAGUGCAGGCAGGGAUGGGAUGGAUGGGAGAAUGA